AUGUCGACAACACCCUCGCCGUCCAAACGGCCGCGCAUACCCACCUCAUCGGCCGCAGCCUCGGCCACCGGCUCGCCCUUCACUGUUCCUCCUCGAGGCCCCAAGUCCGUCGGCCCCACUGGCGCGUCCGCUCUCUCCAAUGGCGCCAUGGUCGGCCUCGGCAUGAGCCCCGCGGACACCUUCUCCCCCGCUCCAGGCACUGUCGACACAUACGGCAUGUCAGGCUUCACGCCCUACUCCACCACCUCGCCCGCCUACGCUGCGGGUGGACCGGCCGGCUCCGCCGCAUCACCCCUAAGCACUGCACUCGCACACGGCAGUCGCAUUCUAUCCAGCAUCCAGCCCGCUACACCCUUCUAUGCUGCUGGCGGACCAACACCCCUGCUACCCGGAAGCAGGUUUACACCGAACCUCGCACAGCAGGGACAAGCGAGACAGCAACCAUCCACCCCACAACAGGGCUCACCAGAACAUCUCAGGCUGGCACUGCAACAUCUGCAAACGACGCUGCUGGCGAGAUUGGAGAGCGAGACCGAGGCGUUCUUCGAUGCGGCGGAUUCGGCGGCGGCGGUAGGGGCGGAUGCGAGGGUCGUUGCAGGGAAAGCGAAGGCGGCGACGGGGGCGAUGGAGGAUGUGCUGGUGUUUUUGGAGAAGAAUGGGUUGGCGAGUUUGCCGCUCCUGCCAUUGCCAGACGGUGCUGGUGAGGAGGGUGGAGGUGCGACGGAGGCGACAGCGACGACAGAGGGUGCGUCAAUAGCGCAGCCAGACGCUGCAUCGGCUACUGCGGCGACCACAACGGUCACCAAAGAGGGCCAGACAGAUCCGACUUCGAUAGCGACAACAUCGACAGCGUCCGCAGAUGCAGCGGCGCAAGGUGCAGGAGAUGCAGCUUCGGAUCUGACCUCGCAGAUCGAGGCCUUGCAGCAACAGGCGAGAGAGCUGUUCGAUCGACGCCAGAGGUUGAAGGAGUCGGCGUCGAUGGUAGGCGGCAUUCUCGACUCAUAG